AUGUCUUUGGCUCCUGGCUCUACUGUCAGGUUUGGAUCUGCUUCACAGUCAUACACCAACUCCAGAACCAGUGGUUAUGAAUUACUGCUGUGGAAUCCUAUAGAUUACAAGGUUCAGCACGCCGAUAAAACGGCAGUCCAGUACAUUGGCGCAGUUGCAUUCACCAACAGUACAGAAAUCAGAUCCACUCAUGGAAUAAAUCGUAUUCAUACGGUUAAAUGGAAUCCUACUGGAUACUAUCUGGCUACAAUUGAUUCAAAUGGUUCCGUUGGGAUUUGGAGUCAUCAUAAAUCUGCUUGUACUCUUGAACAUGCUUACGACACUAAUGUUGAUCAGUCUGUCAUUGCUUUUGCUUGGUGUGAUGCUCAAUCCAAGUGUCAACCAACAUAUCCUGAAACUACAAAUACAAUCUCCUCACACGAGCUACAACCGUUUGAAUCGGCAGCUGUAUUUAAACAUUCAACUGUAAUUGGAUCAACCUCUGUAUUUGGUGCAUUUUCAUUCAUGACUCUCACUGAACUCCUCGAGUUGAAUCUCCAUUGCUAUAGUUUGGAACACGUCAUGGUUCAUCACAAAAUCAAACUGGAUGUUUCUGGAAUGACUGGUGCGUGCACUGCAGCAACUAUUCAUCCAGUUGCUCAGAACUGCUUUCGGAUAUUUAUUAAAUACAGCUCUCCUGGCGUCGUCUAUGCUGUUGAUAUUGAGCUAAAUCUACCAUCAGGAAAAAUAGUCGUGAUGGGUAGUACUUGUGUGCAGAUCGAUCCUACUGGAGAUGUUGUCAUGUUUCAUGCAAUAGACAAAAAUCGAUUGGCUGUUGUUUGUCGUGAACCAAGUACGAAUGGUAGUAGCAGACAUGUGCUAUCUGUAUGGGAACAAUUCACUGCUGAAACCUUUCUCGAUACGAAACAAGAAUGGAAACCAUUAUCAAAAUGGAUCUACUCAAAUACAAAACCGACUGCUUUGUGUCAUUUGAAUUCCAUUUCUGGAAACUUUGCUGAUCAAAUCAUUGUUGUUGGUACAAGUUCUGGAAAAAUUGAAUACCGCGAUGCAUCCACUCUUGCACUUUUAAACAACACUCACAAGCUUCUUUUCCACAACAUUGAUAUUUCUGAAAAUGACUCUUCACUGCUUGAGAAUGAUACUGCUGUAUCGCUAAAGCCUGACUUGAAUGAAUUGCAAAAACAGUCCGAGUCUGUUCAACUUGACAUGUUCUUUAACGAUAUGGAUGCGCUGGAUAACUCUUUGGCCGUGCCUGCAGAAAAUCUUCAAAAUCAAAUAGGCUUCGAUGCCAAUCAAGGUCUAGCCAUGGGCUUGAAUGAGAUCUUUGGCACAAUGCCAAAUGUUGCACUAGAUCCGUUGAAUCAAUUGACCGAGACACUUGAUGGAACUGACGACACUGCUCAUUUGUUUUCCAUCGCCUUUUAUGCAUCUCCAAAUGGGCUACAUCUGCUAACUCAAAAAUCAUCUCUUCAGAUUUCUGCUAACCCCACUACAUCUCACAUAAACUCGUUAAUGUUUGUCACUGGACCUUUAAAACUCAAUGACGUCUCUUCAACGACUGUACAGGAUUUGUUUCGGCCGCUUCCAUUGGCUCAUUCCAUAGCACACGCAAUCGCUGACGGAAUUUUUGCAGCAAUGAUUGAUGGCCAAUGCUGCAGCGAUUAUCUAGUGCUAUUAAAAGAAUUGGCACAAAACGAAUGGGCAAAAACCGAAUCUUAUCGUACGGCAUUGCUGCAACGACUUCAUUUUGCAUAUAUGAGCUAUUUCUCUGUUAAUCUUGGAGUGGCUUCUAUUUACCCGCUUAGUGAAUCUGGAUGUCAGGCCACAGCUGAUACUCUUGUAGGCAUUCAAUUGGCCAUUCAACGAAUUUUUGUGCCAAAUAGUUUUGCAUUUAGAAACACUGGCGCAAUGAUGCGGUUACGAUUCAUCACUUCCAUAUUUCAAGCUUCAUCCAUGGGUGCAAAUCUAUCAAGCGAUAACUCAGAGACACUUCACUAUCUUGUGCCGCAUGCUCUUUGGAUCCUGGAUUACUGUGCGUUUUUGGCACGCAGUCUUUAUAUUCAAAGCACUGCUAUUAAACCAGCUCCUGAUGCUGAAUCUUCAAAAACAUCGUUAUUAGGACUGGUUCAUGCUAUGGCACUAAUGCAUCAGCCAUCACGACGUGCACUUAUCCUGGGUUUAUUUUACAUCAAAGUAUUGAAGCACAAUUUGUCGCAGACACUUUUGGGAUUGAGCUUUCCAAAAAAUAGGCAAACUAUGCGAUCAACAUUUCUUUUGGGUUACGUGCGAUCAGUCGAGAACCUUUUAACAGUUAGACGCAUCAAUAUUGAUUCCUUUGCCACGUUUUUGAUUGAAUUUGAUCAGGCUGCUGAAAGAGGAUUCUCGUUGCAUUCCGAGUCAUCUCUCGCUGCUGAAUGCUUAGCCUUGUUUAUUGGUUCUGGGUCUGCAACGAUUCAUCACUCGCUUAUUCCGCAACUCCAAACUCUUUUCAACAGUCACAUCAAAGAUAUUUGUCAGUGGCCUGAAGGCACUGCUUUUCCUUCCCACAUUGCCAAACUCAAGGAAUCUUCAGGCAACGACAAAUCUGAACAGCACUCCCUUCUUACUCUGUUUAUUCCGGGGCAAAUCGACCGUCUUGAACUUGAUCCAAUUGAUUACCUUCCAAAAGCCUCUAAAUGUUUGAUUCCAUUAUCGUCCACAACCUCACAACGGGCUGCGGCGACCCACAAGCGCGAGACUCCCAACGAGAAGGAGUUUGUUUUGCUCCCUUAUAUCGAUACGAUUACAGGGCAACACUUGCGGUUUUCUACAUCUGUUAAACAGUGUUUAAUGUGUUGUCGGUUUUCCACAUGUGAUUAUACGGGACCCAAAAUGCUUGCAAAUUUGCUGGAAGGAACAAAAAAUACUAGCUGUAUGGUGUUGAUUGACGGGAUUUCCAAAAUACCCACGUGGAGUGGGCUUUAUGGAGGAUGCUGUCUAUGUGGUGGAAAAUGGCGAAAUGUUUCUUGA